AUGGGAAAACCUGCCUACCAGUCCAAUUUCCAACAAAAGCCAUUAGGCCUCCCACCAAAAAAUUCAAAACCACCACCACCAUUACUUCCUAAACCAACACAACCCACCCACCCUCCCAUAAAAAGGCUCAAUCCUGAACAACUUAAACUCAGGAAAGCACAAAGGUUGUGCUACAACUGUGAUGAUGUCUAUAGACAAUGUCAUAUCUGUAAAAAGCAACAAUUAUUCUGGAUAGUUGCAGAUGAAGGCACUACUGAGUUACCUGUGGAAGAGGAAUUAUCUCAGGAAACUGAGAAUGAUACUUCAGAAGAGAGCGAUGUUGAAAUUUUUGUUCAUGCAUUAACUGGUUCUCAUUGUGGUGAAACAAUAAGAAUACCUGGGCUUCUUAACAAUCACUCUAUCUCUAUCCUCAUUGGCACAGGCAGUACUCACAGUUUUAUUGGUUCAUCUCUAUCUCACCAACUGCAUUGCAAUGGUCAGUCAUUCUCUGCAGAUCUAAGACUGCUUCCUCUUGGUGGAUGUGAUAUAGUGUUGGGUGCUGAUUGGCUCAGACAAAUGGGUAAUGUACUUUUCAACUUCACUACUUUAUCAAUAUCCUUCAUAUACCAAGGCACUGAGAUUACUCUUACUGGCAUGUCCAACUCUAAUCUCCUAAAACCUAUCAGUAACAAAGAAGCACAUAAAUUCUUUCAGAAAAAUCCACAUGGAUUGUAUGCACAAUUAUGCUCCAUCUCUGCCACUCAGGCACCUAUUCCACCUUCUCCAGAAAUUACUGCCUUAUUACAAGAUUUUCAUGAAGUUUUUGAGGAACCUUCCACCCUGCCACCUCAUAGAGGCCUAGACCAUACUACAGCCCUCAAACCCAACUCCGCUCCAGUCAACCAAAGACCUUAUAAGUGCCCUUAUGUUCAAAAAUUUGUCAUUGAAGAUUUGAUUCAACAAAUGCUCUCUCAAGGCAUUAUACAGCCAAGUCAUAGCCCAUUUGCCUCUCCAAUUUUAUUGGUCAAGAAGAAAGAUAAUAGAUGGAGAUUUUGUGUGGAUUAUAGAAGAUUAAAUGAUAUGACCAUCAAAGACAAAUUUCUCAUUCCUAUCAUUGAUGAACUUUUGGAUGAGCUAUAUGGUGUUGCAGUUUUCACUAAUAUUGAUCUUAGGUCUGGCUAUCACCAAAUCAGACUAUUUCCUCCUGAUAUUCACAAGACUGCUUUUAGAUCUCAUCAAGGUCACUAUGAAUUUCUAGUCAUGCCAUUUUUCCUCACCAAUGCCCCUGCCACCUUCCAAGCCCUUAUGAAUGAUAUUUUCAAACCAUUCUUGAGGAAAUUUGUGUUGGUAUUCUUUGAUGAUAUUCUGGUUUAUAGCCCUGACAUGGCCACUCAUCUGCAACACCUUCAACAAGUCCAAUCUAUCUUGCAACAACAUCAGCUACAUGCUAAAAUUUCUAAGUGUUACUUUGCUCAAUAUGAAUUAGAGUAUUUGGGACACAUCAUCACAGCUCAAGGAGUAGUAGCUAAUCCAAACAAGAUUCAGAGUAUUGACUUCUUGGCCAAUUCCUAA